UUGUGCUUCCUAUUUAGUUUUUAUCGGGGCGUUAUGUUUUGCCUUCUUGUUUGUUUCAUUGGGAACGUUUUUUAUUUUGGUGUUGGCAAAUUUCCGCGCCAACUCGCAUUGCGUCAGUUUGCAAAAAAACUUUUGCUGGCUUCAGUCCUGCAUGUUUAAUUCCGGAAAAUGUCUAAAAAAUUAAAUUCGAGUUUUUCCAAGAGUGGUGUGGGAGGAUCUCCCAAAAAUACACUAUUUAAGUACUUCAGUUCGCCGGCGAGCCAAAAGAAAAUACUCAAGACAUCGAACGAUGACAAUGAGGAAGAAAUCAAGGACAAGGAAAAUAUUAAAACUCAAGAAAAUGGAAAUGCUGUGAAAGAAGAAAAGAAGGCUCAGCGAAUGGAUGUUUCCGAUGAUGACGACGAAGAGGUGGUUGUGGGCAAGAAAAAACGUAAACGUUUGGUGUUGGUGGACUCUGAUGAUGAAGAAGAGGACGCUUCGCCAAAAUCCAAAAAGAAAAGUAAAGAUGAUUCCUCAUUUCAUGGAUCUGAUGAGGAGGAAGAGGAGGAGUCUUCAUGCUCGUCAGCAUCUCCAUCGCCUAAAAAGAAAAAUCUCAAACAAGAUGAACCCAAGUCCAAAAAAGUGAAAUUGGAUGCAUCCUUGGUUUCAGGCACAUUUGCCGAAAAACUACAACAACUCCAGUCGUCAGAAGAUUGUAAAACCACCAAAAAACAGGAAGCCAAAUGUGAGGAAAUUGUAACAACAUCGACGCUUGAUGAGCCGGUUAUAUGGCCUCAUCAAAAAUUGGAAUUUUUAAAACCUGACCAAAUCAAAGACAAACAAGGACGUAGACCAGAUCAUCCGGAUUAUGAUAGCUCAACCUUGUAUGUGCCUGCAAAAUUUUUGGAUUCUCUUACGCCGGGCGUUCGUCAAUGGUGGGUCUUUAAAUCGGAGAACUUCGAUUGUGUUUUGUUCUUUAAAGUGGGAAAAUUCUAUGAGUUAUAUCACAUGGACGCAGAUGUGGGUGUUAAUGAGCUGGGCUUUACCUAUAUGCGUGGCGAAUUUGCCCAUUCCGGUUUUCCUGAGGUUUCUUUUGACAAAAUGGCCUCAAUUUUGGUUGAGCGAGGCUAUAAAGUUGCCCGUGUAGAGCAAACUGAAACCCCCGACAUGAUGACGGAACGUUGUAAACGUAUUAAGGCCACCAAAUUCGAUAAGGUGGUAAGACGAGAGAUAUGCCAAGUGAUGAAUCGCGGCACUCGUGUCUUUGGCUCCCAGUGUAGUAUUACACCCAACUAUCAAGCCAGUUAUAUGUUGGCCAUUGUGGAGAAACCCCAUCAGACGGGUGGUACCAGUAGCUAUGGUAUUUGUUUUGUUGACACCUCAAUUGGUGAUUGUUAUUUGGGUGAAUUCGAUGAUGAUAAGAAUUGUUCGCGCUUGCAUACCUUGUUAUCGCAUCACAUGCCAGUUUUGGUGGUUUUGGAAAAGGCCAAUAUUGGCGAGCAGACACAGGAUAUAAUGAGAACUGUGUUAAGUGGUACUCUAAAGGAGUACAUGCCGGCCAAUGGCAGCCAACAGAGUACGGCUGAGAAGACACUUAAAGAGUUGGCGGAAAACUAUUAUGCCUGCAAUGGUGAUAAUUGGCCGUUGGUUUUAAGAACAAUGCAAGAUGAAUCAGAUCACUUGGGUUUGACACCACAUCGGGAUGCCAGAUUGGCGUUAAAGGCAUUGGGUUUGUGUGUAAAUUACAUGAAAAAAUGUAAAGUGGCUGAAAAGGUAUUACCCAUGGCCAGAUAUCAUUUGUACGAACCACCAGAUGCUACUUCAAAGAGUCCCAUGAAAAAAUCGCCAACCAUGCACAGGGCCCAUAUGGUCUUGGAUGCCACAACAUUAAUGAAUUUACGUAUCACCGGCGAAGAACACUCUUUGCAGUCCACUUUGGAUCAAUGCUGUACGAAAUUUGGUAAACGCCUGUUGCAUCAUUGGCUUUGUGCCCCGUCCUGCAAUUUGGCUGUAAUUAAAGAUCGCCAACAGGCAAUUGCAGAGUUUUUGGAAAACUCCAGUCUAUUGCAGGGAAUCAGAGCUGUGAUGGCUCCACUGCCAGAUUUUGAAAGAUAUUUGGCUCAAUUCCAUCACUUUGGUAGUAAAUUGGUACAGGAGAAACAUCCCGAUGGAAGGGCUAUACUGUUCGAGGCAAAGCAGUAUAAUAAAAAGAAUAUCCAGAAUUUCAUUACCAUACUGAGAGGAUUUGAGACAUUGCUUAAAAUACCCAGCAUGUUUGAAGGAGUCUCUUGCAGUCUACUGAAACAUUUAAGCCAAAAUGAAAAUAAUGGUGGAGCUUUUCCCAAUUUAAGCAAACAGCUGACUUUCUUCAAGGAAGCCUUUGAUCAUGCCAAAGCCUCUGAGAGCGGAGUUAUUGCCCCCGAACGGGGCGUCGAUGAAGACUAUGAUCGAGUCGAAAGUAAAAUUCAAGAAAUCAAAGAUGAAUUGGAAGAAUAUCGCAUAGAACAGGAGAAAUUCUUUGGGUGUCGUGUGGUUUAUUUUGGUGCAGAACGUAAGCGCUAUCAAUUGGAAAUUCCCGAAUCAAAUGCCCGAAAGGUCAAUAGUAAAUAUGCCUUGGAGGGACAGAAGAAGGGUGCCAAACCUAGCAGGCGUUAUACCACCGAAGAGACAAGAACCUUCCUCAAACGCAUGCUCGCAGCCGAAGAUGAACGUAAUGCAAUAUUGAAAGAUCUGUCACGUCGCAUCUUUGAAAAGUUCUCACAACACUAUGAACUAUGGAAGCAAUGUGUUGAUUGUGUGUCCGAAAUCGAUGUCCUUGCUUCCCUGGCGGAAUAUGCCCGUACACAGUCGACCUCAAUGUGUAUACCCGAAGUGGUAAACCUUUCGGAGGGAGAACAAGCAUUUAUUGAAAUUGAAGAAGGCUAUCAUCCUUGCCUCUCUUCUGAUACAUAUAUACCAAAUGGUUUGUCAUUGGGUUGUAAUGAUACGCCAGCCUUAUCAUUACUUACCGGCCCCAAUAUGGGUGGCAAGAGUACACUAAUGCGACAGGUGGGAUUACUAACGGUAAUGGCCCAAAUUGGUGCCCAUGUGCCAGCCGAGAGUUGUCGUUUGUCUUUGGUCGAUCGUAUCUUUACACGUUUGGGGGCCCAAGAUGACAUCAUGUCCGGACAUUCUACAUUUUUGGUAGAAUUGAAUGAGACCUCUUUGAUUCUGAAACAUGCCACCGCCAAUAGUUUGGUGUUACUGGAUGAGUUGGGUCGUGGAACUGCCACCUAUGAUGGUACUGCCAUUGCUGCUUCUGUGGUGAACUUCCUGGCAGAUCUCAAAUGUCGCACCUUGUUCUCUACACAUUAUCACAAUUUAAUUGAUUUCUUCCACAAUGAUGAUCGUAUUACAUUGGGCCAUAUGGCCUGCAUGGUUGAAAAUGAGGAUACCGAAGAUCCUACCCAAGAAACGGUUACGUUCCUAUAUAAAUACUCGGCUGGCGCUUGUCCAAAAUCGUAUGGUUUUAAUGCUGCAAAAUUGGCUGGCAUGUCUCAUGGCAUCAUCAAGAGAGCAUAUGCACUCUCGAAAAAGGUUGAGGCCAUAGCCCUCAAACGUAAGAUUGCCGCUAAACUUGUGGCUGCAGCAACGGUUGGUUGUGCUACGCCAGCACAGGCCAGUAACUUGAAGAAUCUUCUCAUACAACUGCAACAGUGCCAUGUUUAAAGAGCCAAACAUCAAAAUAUUACUCAAUUUAUUUUUGUUAAACCACAUUUUUUAUGUUUUUUUAUUUUGUUUUUUCAUAUCCAUGAGUCUUACCAGUAUUUGCCGAAAAUGUUUACCGGAUAAACAUAACCAAUUAAUAAAACUCCAAUUACAUGUUUUUUUUUUAAUAAACUUUGUAUGUUUUUUUGUAUUGUUUAUUCUUCUUCUUCAUUUAUUAUCACAGUAAAAAUAAUAAUUAAAUACAUAUAAAUAAAUAACACAUA